CUGCAGGCAUCGUCACCCUUUGGCAGCUCAACCAGUGGAUUCGGGUGGCAAACACGGACCACGCUGCAUCGGAAAUUGAUACGACACCGUCGUAGCCAAACGUAGACGCCCGACGAGCCGACACGCCUGCAAAUCGGCGGUCAGCAAUAAAUUUGACAAGUGCCGACCGGCGGUUACGGCACGCCAUCGCCGUGACGCACGACGAGCAGUAGCCCGCCGGUGGUCACGAACGGGACGCCGCGCGUCGUCGGGCUCAAACGCAGCCAAUAAAACCAGCCGUACUAGCUACACUCGGCACGCGUUGCUGCAGCAUAGGAAAAAAUGAAGCUCCUCGACGUCAAGGAGCGCUGGCUCAUGUGCUGGCUCAUGUUCAUGGGUAGAGGGGUUACCCAGGCCGUGCGCGUUGUACUAGGUGCAUUGAUGCCCUUCAUCGCCGCGGACCUAGAAUUAGACCAUCAGGAGAAGGGGACCGUAUUAGCCGCCUUCGCGGCGGGCUACAUGUGCACGCAGGUGCUGGGCGGCUGGGCCGCCGACAGGUACGGGGGGCGGGGCCCUAUUUUGCUCGCCCUCGGGUCGCUGGGUCUGGGGGCUUAUUGCAUCCCGUGGUCUGCCGAUUUAUUUGGCGCCAAUGGCUUAUCCGCUUGUCUAUUUGUGAUGGGGCUUUGUGAGGGUCCUUCGUAUCCGUCGAUGGGCACAUUGCUGGGACGAUGGAUCCCGGCGCACGAACGAAGCAAGGCGGUCUCGAUCUCCGAUACGGGAUCUUCAUUAGGUUCUAUGUUGACCUUCGCCGUAGCACCUCCAUUAGCAACUCUCUACGGCUGGCGCACGACAAUGAGACUCUGGGCCUACGCUUGCUUAUUGAGUACGGCCGUAUGGUACGUGUACGCCACAAAUGGCCCCGACGAGUGCAUUCGUAUAAGUGUCAGGGAGCUCGAGUACCUGAGGCAACAUGGCAUCGGCAAGGCACCCCAUCACGACAAAAAAGGCAGGCACGCGCCCUUCCCCUACGCGCUGUUCAGGUUCUCGCAGGCCUGGGCCGUGAUCAUCGCCCAUGCCGCGUUCAACUUUGGGCGGUAUUUCGUGUACAACUCUUUGCUACAGUUCUACGUGGAAGAACUGGGCACGAGCGCGGUGGCCGCGGGCCAGCACAUCUUGGUCGGGCAAAUAUUUGAUUGCAUCGGGAAGUUCGGCUUUGCGCCCUUUGCCGAUAGAGCGAUCCGAAAUAAUCCUGCUUCGCGUACAAAAGUGCGGAAAGUUAUUUCUGGUGUGGCGUUCGUGGCCUUUGCCGCUUCGAUGGCCGGGUUAGCUGUUUCCUACUCCGUAGCUGCAGCUACGUGUUGGUUGAUCGUGGCCAAAAUAGCCUCAUCAGCACAUGUCUGCGGCUUCAAGUCGAACUAUUUAGAUCUGACGCAGACGCACAACGGCGUGCUGACCGGCGUGGGCAACAUGAUCGCUACAUUCGCGUCGACGGUAUCACCAUUACUUGGUGGUAGUCUGUUAGAUGGCAGUCGAAGAGGCUGGGAGUCCAUGUUCCUCACGAUCGGGCUGUUGGACCUCGGCGCGGCGGCCUUCUGGUGCGUCUUCGCGUCGGGCGAUGGGAUCGACGACAAGGUCCUGGCGGCGAAGGAGUGCGACUCGCCGCGCACCGUGACGGAGGACCCCGAAUCAACCACCGUGGUGUCGCCGGCGGUCGGCAAGGCCAGGAAAAGUGCUGCGGUCGUAUAAUAAUAGAUGUGUUAAA